UUCGCCGUCAUGCGCAAGCAGCUCGACCCGCGCAUCCCAAUAUUAAUCCAGAAUAAUGUGAAGAAAAACAAUCGCUCUUUCAUUGUGCUUGUUGGAGACAAGGGAAGGGAUCAGAUUCCAAACCUCCAUUACUUGCUGAGUCAAACGCGAGUAUCCGCUCGGCCUUCUGUAUUAUGGUGCUAUAAGAAAGAUCUUGGCUUCACGAGUCACCGGAAGAAUGCAGAGAACAAGAUAAAGCGCGACAUAAAACGGGGCAUCCGGGAGCCAAACGAGAAGAAUCCAUUCGAAGUUUUCAUUGCCGCUACUGACAUACGAUAUACGUACUAUAAAGAGUCAGAGAAGAUUUUGGGCCAUACCUACGGAAUGCUGGUCUUGCAGGACUUCGAGGCUGUAACGCCAAAUUUACUUGCUAGAACUAUCGAAACGGUUGAAGGAGGAGGCUUGAUCGUUUUGCUCCUCAAAACUAUGACGAGUCUGAAGCAGCUCUACACGAUGACCAUGGAUGUGCACGCUCGAUAUAGAACUGCAUCUCAUGACUCCGUAGUGGCCCGCUUCAACGAACGAUUUAUCCUUUCUCUUGGGUCGUGCGAGGACUGCCUCUUUUUAGACGACGAACUGAACGUCCUUCCCAUUUCCCGUGGCAAAGAUAUCACCCCUAUCGAGGAUGGUGAACUCCCCAAAAUCACCCCCGACCAAACGCAACUUGCUGCUCUACGUGAGAGCUUGGUAGACACAACUCCUGCUGGGCCCCUAGUCACCCUUGCGAAAACGCUGGAUCAAGCGCAAGCCGUACUUACAUUUAUCGAAGCGAUUUCGGAAAAGACACUUUCAUCGACUGUUACCCUUACUGCUGCUCGUGGACGUGGAAAAUCAGCAGCGUUAGGAUUGGCAAUCGCCGCAGCCCUUGGACAUGGCUACUCUAAUAUCUUCGUAACCAGCCCAAGCCCAGAAAAUCUCAAGACCGUUUUUGAGUUCAUAUUCAAGGGUAUGGAUGUCCUGGGCUACGAAGAACAUCUUGACUAUGACAUCAUGCAAAGCGUAUCGGCGGAGGGUGGACCGAAAGGCGCGAUCGUAAGAGUAGACGUGUUCAAAAAUCAUCGCCAAACCAUCCAGUAUAUCCAACCUCAAGAUGCCCACGUCCUGGGUCAAGCAGAACUUGUCAUCAUCGAUGAGGCCGCUGCAAUUCCCCUACCACUUGUUCGAAACCUCAUUGGGCCCUACCUCGUCUUUCUUGCUUCGACAAUCAAUGGUUAUGAAGGCACCGGCCGCAGCCUUUCAUUGAAGCUGUUCAAGCAGCUUCGGGAAAGUACACGACCUUCAUUAACUAAAGCUCCCGCUGGCUCUGCCGGUGCUAGUAAAGAUGAGGACUCUGCACCUUCUACAUCCAAAAAACAUCCCAAACCUGCUCCCAAGGCGAGAUCACUACGAGAGAUCAAGCUCACAACGCCCAUACGGUAUGGCACCAACGACAAGAUCGAGAAGUGGCUCUAUAAUGUCCUCUGUCUCAACGCUACCACUGGCUCGUCUUCUCAUCGUGGAACCCCGCAUCCUUCAACCUGCUCGCUUUUCUAUGUCAAUCGCGACACGCUAUUCAGUUAUCAUCCUGCUAGUGAAGUGUUUCUGCAACGCAUGAUGGCGUUAUAUGUCGCAUCGCAUUAUAAAAACCAGCCGAACGACCUUCAAAUGCUUUCGGACGCACCAGCUCAUCACCUUUUCGUACUGCUCCCACCAAUAGAAGACGAUGAAGAUACACUACCAGAGCCGCUGGUGGUUUUACAAGUCGCGCUAGAGGGUGGAUUGAAGAAAGAGGUUGUUUUAGAUGCUGCUGGACGAGGUCAACAAGCGAGUGGAGAUAUGAUUCCGUGGGUCAUCAGCACGCAGUUUCUAGAGAGUGGGUUCGCAUCGUUGAAGGGAGGUCGAGUUGUCAGGAUAGCGUCAGAUCCUGAUUAUGCAGGGAUGGGUUACGGGUCCAGAGCACUGGAGGCCCUCAACGCGUUCUACAGCGGCGAAUACUACGAUUUCGACGAAGCGGAGAAAGCGGCCCCAAAAUAUCCCAAGCCAGGGAAAUUCGAUCUUUCAACGGCUGAUCUGCAUACCGAAACACCAUCAGUGAAACCAGUCACAAGCAUGCCCCCGUUAUUACAAAGGUUAUCGGAGCGCAAACCCGAGGUGCUGGAUUACCUAGGUGUGAGCUAUGGGCUGACUGCCCAGCUUCUUCGAUUUUGGAAGAAAGCUGGCUACGUCCCUCUUUAUCUGCGGCAAACUCCAAGCGAGUUAACUGGAGAGCACAGCUGCCUUAUGGUCCGCGGCUUGAAUAGCACGGCCGACAGUCAAGAGUGGCUGGGGGAGUUUGCUAAAGGCAUGUCAACCUCAACUCCAGUGGAUCUUAACCUAACGAAUCAUAGACUUCCGAAGACGAUUCCUUUCCCUUCUUUCCUACAAGUUCCGCGAAUUCGGGAGCAUCACUGCUUUAAGCAUACUCGAAGCUGUGAAUAUCGGCCUCAAAACAAUCGACUCGGACCCCUCAAAAUCGCGACCGUAGCCCUUGCCUCAACUGAACUCUCCCAUCUCCUCACCCCCUUCGACCUAAAACGACUAGAAGCAUAUUCAAACAAUAUGCUCGACUACCACGCAGCCCUCGACCUCGUUCCCACCAUUGCCAAACUCUUCUUCGAACGACGACUAAUCGGGGCCGGAGAGGACGAGAACGUACAUCUCAGUGCGGUCCAGAGCGCCAUUCUCCUCGGUCUUGGGCUACAAAAUAAGGAAAUCGACGACCUCGAGAAAGAGCUGACGCUGCCCUCCUCACAAACACUCGCCCUGUUCGGCAAACUCGUCCGCAAGAUCACGAAACGGCUUGUCGGAAUACAAAAGGCUGCCAUUGGUGCCGACAUUCCCGAGGCCGCUCCAAAACCGGCGUUUGCAGCAGACACCGGGACGGUAACCGCUGCCGCGUUGGAAGAUGAACUCGAGGAGGCUGGUGCAGUAGAGAUGAGCAAGGAGAAGCAACGCCAACGAGAGAUGAUCGAUAGUCUUGAUCUGAAGAAGUAUGCGAUAAAUGACGCGGGCGUAGACUGGAGCGUGGCGGAACGGCAAAUAGGGAAAGGAAGGGGCAAUACGGUGGUCAGUGUGAAGUCCACUGCUGCUGGCCAAAAGCGCAAGGCAGAUGAGACAGAAACAAGAGAAAACGGUGGCGGUGAUAAGGAAAACACGAAGGGGCAAGAAGCAAAAGCGAUAGUCUCUGUUGUUACACUGUAG